UAAUAAUAAUUCUGCUCUAAACAUACAAAAAAAAGCCAUACAAAAAACAUAGAAUUUGAACAGCAGUGUCCAAACAACUGUACUUCCUUUUAAAGAAAAGAGGUAUAGAAAGGUACUAUUUUCCUUCUGUUAGUUUUCCCAAUCCUGGUCCUCUUGGACCUCCAGAUACUUUGUAAAAUCUCAGCUUUGACGGGUUCUGAACAUCGAAGCAAGAGUACAGAGUUCCUGCUUGUAACUAAAAUGUAGACUGAGAUGUAAUUAGUUGACUUCUAGAACAUGUCUGUAAAUACAUUGACAUGCCAAAAGUCAUGGGACAGCAAUAUGUAAAUUGAUAAUACAUUGUUACCUUAAGAAAUGGCACAGAAAUUGAACAUUCUAUUGCCAUACACAGUGAACAGCACAGUGGGUGGUAUUGAUAGUGAUCAGCAGCAUAUUAGUUCCUGUCCUAUGAUUAUUGACAACCUAUAAGUUCAUGUAAGUACAUGUAAGAACAAUAUUAGCUUAGUGAUGAGCCUCAUUCUAUCUGAAAAACCACAGUGGUGUCAAGUUCAUAGAGCAGAAUGGCAUACACUGAUACAGUGUCCUGGUGCCAGGGCAUAACAGAGGCAGCUGCAGCCUGGAUUACCUGACUGGAAUCAACAGCUGCAGUAUAAAUCCUUAUCUUGUUUUAGCCUGAAUGGAAAUACACACUACAUGCUCCAUUAAGGCCACUGUGGCUUCAAACAAACACGGGGUGCUUAGGUUCUUGGCACUGGGUCCGUUAUCCUGAGCUGUGUGUGAUAGGAGACAGUUGCAGCUUCUCUGUGCUGUCGUUUCACCCGCUACAGAAUAGUAAGGCAUGCAACAGCUCUCUUCUAUACAUUAUCUAUGGAUACUGCGCAUGAGGAAAUGCAUUCAAAAUGGGGAGAAGUUCACAGUUGAACCAGCAUGUUUAUACAGCAGUCUGUUGUGAAAGGAAUAACUGCUCUGCCUCCAGAGGACCGCCUGCUGAAGUUCUUGGUGGAUAACUCGGUGGACUGUGAGGAAGCUGUGCAGUGUGCUAACUGUGACUGGGAAUGCAAGAAGCAGGAUGUGGGUACAAUGUAUUAUUGCAACACUUGUAACCAGCCCUUGUGUGGAGACUGCAGGGAAGCCACCCAUGCGGCCAAGAUGUUCUCGCGCCAUGAAAUUGUCCCCCUGGCCAAACGCACCAAGGAAGCCCAUAAAAAGUGUGCCCUCCAUGAAGAACUAUACAUCAUGUUCUCCACAGAGAAGAAGUCCAUGCUUUGCAUCAACUGUUUCAGAGACAUGCCAGUUGAGAGCAGAGCACACUGCAUUGAUAUUGAGACGGCGUAUAUGCAGGGCUGUGAAAAACUGGACCAAGCCGUCAUAGCUGUGAAGGAGCUCCAGACUUCAGCCCGGGAAGCCAUUAUUCUGCUGAAGGCCAUGAUUGGAGAAGUGCGAGCCAAUGUUGAUGAAGAGGAGACAGCGAUCAGCACUCUGUUUAAUAGCAUGCAGGAAAAGCUGGCAGAGAGAAAGAGAGUUCUUCUGAAAGCAGCUCAAAGUCAGCAUGAGGAAAAGGAAAGAGCUUUUAAAGAGCAGCUGUCUCAUCUUUCUGCUUUACUGCCGACUCUCCAGGUUCAUCUCGUCACAUGCUCUGCUUUUCUUAGUUCUGCAAAUAAAUUUGAGUUUUUAGACAUGGGUUAUCAACUGAUGGAGAGGCUGAAGAAGAUAGUGAAGCUGCCUCACAGGCUGAGGCCAGCUCAGAGCAGUAAGAUAAACACGGAGUACCGGUCUGAAUUUGCCCGCUGCCUGGAGCCUCUCUUGCUGCUAGGUCAACGAAGAUCAGUGUCCACGACAGGCAGUGUGUCAGGACUGGGCCUGGCCAAUGGCGUUGGACUGCUUCCCUCAUCACUGUCAGUGGCCUGUCACUCUCCAGCAGCCAGUGACAUGUCCCUCGGCUGCUCUGCGGUCCGUAAACCCACGUCUCAUCGCUACAUCAGCACUAAAGUCCUACUCGCUGAGGGGGGAGAAAGCCCCUUCAUGGAGCACUGCGGGAACUACGAGAACAGCUACAGGAGUUUGCAGACAGAGAUGCAGAAGCUUAAGGACCAGGUGCAGGAGAUUCACAGGGACCUGACUAAGCAUCACUCCCUCAUUAAGACAGACACCAUGAGUGAAAUCCUGGACAGGUCUCUGCAGAUGGACAGUGAGAUAUUGUCUCAGUACUCCUCUGUUGAGAUGAUGAGGGGCAUGUUUGAGGAGAUUUGGGAAGAGACAUACCAGAGGGUGGCAAAUGAGCAAGAAAUUUAUGAAGCACAACUUCAUGACUUGCUUCAGCUGAAGCAAGAGAAUUCCUACCUGACUACCAUUGCUCGACAAAUUGGCCCAUACAUCCAAUCAAUUGCAAAGGUUAAAGAGCGCCUAGAGCCCAGACUGAAGGAACCUAAGGAGCUCAAAGAUGACCGCACUGAGACUAUGCUGAAGAUUUACGAGGACAGCACCAUGACAGCUGAUACCCAGCAUAGCAAUGAAUUGACCUGCGCCCAUGAAGACUACUGCAGUAUACUCAGCAUAUCAGAUGACCCAAAUCUCAACAGCAAGGAUCAUCUAUACAGGCUGAGCAAGCAGAAAUGCACAACAGACAUGGGGCUCUGUUCCCCAGUGAUGAAACCACAUCUCAGUUGAUCAAGCAUAGGCUCAGUUCCCAUAAUCAAUGAAUUACAUGUUAAGACAAUACAAUAGACAAUGCACUACUGGUUAUGAUGAUGUGUAGAUCUUGAUCCUUUCCAGUAUGAACUUUUCCUAGUAUUUUGAACCUGCAUUUACAAAGCAAAUCCAUGCAUAAUGUUAUACAAAUAUUGUCAAAAAAACAAAGAAAAGUUGCAUACAGAAGGAAGGCUGUGCCUGAGUGUCAUGGAGUAAUUCAGAAACGUAGAGGGUCAUAUUUGGUCCUGCUAUUGUCUUGGUGGAGACGACCAACAAAUCCAUACACGGAUCAAUGGUUUGUUGUCAAGAGUCACAUGUCCAAAAGGUCUGGUGUUAUGCGAUAUUGAUCGAUGCCAGAUUACAGUUGGUCUUCAUUACUUCAUUAGGUUCUUUGACAGCCCAACAUUAGGUUAAUGAGGUUCUGGUACUGGCUGGAGAACUAAACUGAAAUUCUUAUAUAAAGCUGUACUUUAGCAAAGUGGCUUUACUGCUUGUUUUUACCUGACUGGUAAAAUUCAUACAUAAGGUGCACUGGAUUAUAAGG